UUCCUGUAAGUUUGUGUGAGCAGUGACUCAGAACGAAUCAUAACAAAUGAGAGUGUCGCUGCGGUUAUUGAGCAGGAUGCCUCCAGUGUUGAAAAAGUUUGAUUACCUGGUCAUUGGAGGGGGAUCUGGAGGGAUUGCCAGCGCUAGACGUGCAGCAGAGUUCGGAGUCAAAGUGGGAAUUAUCGAAGAGGCUCGCAUGGGAGGCACAUGUGUCAACGUAGGAUGUGUACCAAAGAAAAUUAUGUUCAACACUGCUGUACAUGCAGAAAUGAUUAAGGAUCACAAAGACUAUGGAUUUGAUGUAGACUUUAAACAAUUUACAUGGGGGAGAGUAAAAGCAACCCGGGACAACUACAUAAAAAGACUGAAUGGAAUCUAUGAAGCCAACCUUGAUAAGUCCAAAGUGGAUCACAUUCAUGGUCAUGCCAAAUUCACAGAUGAUGGGAAGGUGGAGGUAGGAGGCAAUCUUUACGAGGCUGACAAGAUUCUGGUUGCAACAGGAGGCCACCCCGUUAUUCCAGACACACCAGGAGCUGAGCAUGGAAUCACAAGUGAUGGGUUCUUUGAGCUUGAAGACCUACCAAAGCGUGUGGUGGUGGUAGGAGCAGGUUACAUUGCUGUAGAACUGGCAGGAAUAUUUGGAACUCUAGGAGCAAACACAUCUCUACUAAUUAGAUAUGAUCAGGUACUUAGGAACUUUGACUCCAUGGUUAGCCAGGCAGUGACAGAUAAUCUAGAGCAUGGUGGGGUGGACAUCAGGAGGAGAACACAGAUAACAAAAGUGACAAAGGAAGGAGACGGUACGUUAACAUUAGAGCUGACUACUGGUCAGAUAUCAGGGGUGGACUGCUUACUCUGGGCCGUAGGAAGAAAACCAAAUACUGCUGGACUCAACCUGGAGAAACUGGGAGUAAAGAUGGAUAAGGCAGGACAUAUAGUUGUGGAUGAAUACCAAAACACCACUGCCAAAAAUUUUUAUGCUUUGGGAGAUGUUUGUGGAAAGGCCCUUCUUACACCUGUUGCCAUAGCAGCAGGACGUAGACUAGCCCACCGUCUCUUUGACAACAAACCAGACUUAAAACUGGACUACAGCAACAUUGCCACAGUUGUAUUCUCCCAUCCCCCAGUAGGCACUGUGGGCCUAACAGAAGAGGAAGCUAAAAGCCAGUAUGGAGCAGAGAACAUAAAGAUUUACUCAUCUACCUUCACCCCUAUGUAUUAUGCUGUCACCACACGUAAGGAAAAGUGUAUGAUGAAGCUGAUCUGUGUCCUCCCAGAAGAAAAAGUUGUAGGGUUACACAUGGUGGGACUGGCUGUAGAUGAAAUACUACAGGGAUUUGCUGUAGCCAUUAAAAUGGGGGCAACAAAAGCUCACUUUGAUGACACAGUGGCAAUUCAUCCUACCUCAGCCGAGGAACUGGUCACCCUCAGAUAAAAUCCUCACAGCUCUACUUCAUCAUAUCAUACAGACAGAUAAUCACAUAUCGUCUUAGAUACUUACAGAUAAUCACAUAUCAUCUUAGAUUCUUACAGUUACAGAUAAUCACGUAUCAUCUUAGAUACUUACAGAUAAAUCACUUAUCAUCUUAGAUAUAAUAUACUUAAUGAUUACCUGUCUAUUUUUGUAUUCAUUAUGAAUCGCUUGUUGGUAGGAAUGGCUUUUAGCUACAGUUAAACUCUGGUAUCUCGAACACAGAUAUCUGGAAUACCAUGGAUAUGUUGAAGUGAUUUUGAAGUCCCAACCGCUUAUUCCUUAGUAUUUUACCCUGGAUAUCUCGAAUCAUUGCUUAUCUCGAAGUUAUCGAGUUUGAGAUAACAAGUUUCGACUGUAUUUGUUUUGUUAUUUGAUUCUUUUUGAUCUCUAGUUACUACCAAGAUUGUUCUUUUACUUUGAUAAAAUGUAUGUUGAAUAUGGACAGAAAUUAGUUGUAUUUUUAUAUAUCUUUCUGUAGCAAAACAAAUAUAAAAUUGUUUUAAAACAAAACAAUACAUUUAAAUAUCUCUCUUGUAGUAUUGUAUAUUA